CAGUGGAUGCUACUGAGCAUGCUCAGCAGAACUAGAAUUCCGUCCGGGGCGGGCAAGUGAGUCGAUUUUGUGAUUGCCCGGAUAGCAGCGGCUGGCGCGCACGUCACCCCAAAGAGAAGCGAAAGCAGUUAGUAGGUUUAUGGAGGGAGGGAUGAAAAGCUGAUGCUCAGGCACGGCGUCCUGGCACCUUUCAAAGGGAAACUAAAAUUCAGCAGAUGUCUUGGGAUCAUGGCUUCCAGAAACAUGAACAGAAAGAGACACAUUGGACUGCAGCAGCUUUCAGCUUUGGCAUCCACUGGAAGGACACUUUUAGGACCUGUGAAAUUACCCAAAUUUAUUGUUGAUGAAAGUACUCCUGGCGGUGUGUUGAUUUGUUCUCCAGUGAGACUUCUUGAAGGUUUGGAUUUAAGCAGUGCAGUGGGUCAACUUCUUCAUGAAGCCAUCCAGGCACAGAACAGAGAAUAUAAUACUGGAACAACUACCCUAUUGUUUCUUGUUAGCGUGUGGAGCAAUGCUGUAUUUGAAUGCCUUCAGCAGGAUGUUCCCCUUUCAGUAGUGGUGGCUGAGAUGUCUGAAAGCCUGAACUCUUGCAUUGAACAAGUGCAGUGCCUUAGAGUAUCCCUAUACAACAUGCAGCAAGGGUUAGAGGGUAUUCCUAUUGAAUGUAAUGAGAAAGCCCCUAUUAACAUAUGUUCUGGCACUGCUGGAAGACCUAUGACUGAAAUGAAGACCCCAGGUAUCAAAUCUAACAAUAGUUCUUUUGAUCUGCUUGAAGAUUCUUAUGAAUAUGCACAAGUAUCAGAGGAAAAAUCUGAAGUUGUUACCAUCCAGCAAGCAAACACAUGCAAUUAUUGGGGAAAGUGUGUGUAUCCAGGGGCAUUUACGACAUGCAAAACAGCAUGUUCACUUGCAAAAUCGGUAGACCCUAGCUGUGUUUUUACAGUUUGCAAAACUGUGAUUCAGAAAAACCGCAGUUCCCAAAGCUGUCAUUUGGGUGCAUCAAGCCAUCACAAAAGUUUAAAAUUAACCCACAGUAGGCACUUCAGUAGUGUAAGGGAAAGCCCUUCACCACAGCAAACCAAUCAACUAGACAGAGGUAUAAAACAUUUUAAUGGGCUGAGUGAUUUGGGACAACUGGCAAUGUCUUUAGGCCAUGGAAACUGGCAUGCCAUGAAACUGGUACAGGAUAUUCUCAGAUGCCAGCUGCAGACUGCCAACAAAAUGGCUGAUGCCCUUCCGUUCCAAUUUAAUAUUUCAGAAGUUGUGACCUGUUGUUUGCCAGGCAUGUCUGAAAGUCAUUCUUGUGUUUGUCCUGGGUAUAUCACUUUAGUACAUCCAGAGAAAGCUGUUGUUGCUAAGCAGCUGCAGGAUAGGCCUCUUCGUAUUAUUCUUGUCGAUGGCGACCUAACUGAAACAUAUCACCAUUUGGGGUUUAACAGGUCACAGGAUGUGAGGAUGUUCUUAGAAAGUCUGACUGGUCAAGAGAACAGCUCAAGCUUGUGGGUUGACUCCAUGUUAGAUAUUAUGAUUCAGUCCAAGGUCAAUGUAAUUCUGGUACGAGGUGACACAUGUGCAACUUUAGAAGAAAGAUGUCUGCUGAAUAACAUAGUGAUAAUUAAUGAGGUAGCUGGGAGUGUGCUGAAGGCUUUUAGUGAUAUUACAGGAGCAGACAGAGUGACUUACCUCACCCAAGUGAAUGAGCAUUGUAUAGGUGAGAGUGUCUGUCUGAACCUCUAUGGAAUGCUGGAGUUAAGUGGGGUAGAACUGGAUGGCCAAAUGCCAGUUGCUUUAACAGCAAAAGGAAUUCACUUGGUAACAGUUGUGCUUAGUUGCCCAGUUACCUCUAAGAUGCAAACCAUCGAAGAUCUCUUUUGGACCUGUGCUUAUCGUGUGCAUCAUGCCCUUCUUGAUCAAGCAGUCUUUCCAGGAGGUGGCACUGUUGAGUUCCUGUGUCUCAGUUAUCUUGAGAAUAUGGAGAAAGCAGCCAAAAAUUCCAGCGGAGGGUUUCAGGCUGGCUCCUCUUGGCUUGCAAAACAUUCAGAACAAUAUAAACCUCUGGUGCAUAAUGCUUUGGCAUGUGGUUGGCACCAGUACAUUUGUACUGUCAUGUAUAACACUGCAAACUUUAUGUCAGAGUUUGAAGCCAGCACCUUCAUACAGCAGCAUCUCAGAAAAGCAGCCUUGUGUGGUUCACCAUCAGCAUAUAUGCUAGAUGAGUUUAAGAAGGGGAAGAUGGGAGUAGCAAGUGGUGAAUAUGUCGGGAUAUAUGAAAAGCCACUCAGAGUGUAUGACAAUGUUACUGCUAAGGUGGAAGCAUGGCGUAGAGCUCUAGAUUUGGUUCUGUUAGUGCUUCAAACUGAUGCUGAAAUUAUCACAGGGCCUCAGAGGGAACAGUUGCUGAAGUCACAGGGCUCAAGUGAGUUCAUGUUUUUGUAGGAAUGUGCAGGCCUUCCUAUGGUUAUGUUUCCGGAAUAUGAAGGUUACAUAUAUUCCUGGGCAAGCUCAAAAGCAAAAAUAGAUUAGGUGAAUAAAAUUCAGAAGUGCUGGGAGUCUUGACUUCAGUUAUAGAAGGACUAUUUUCUAUGGUCUGUUUAAUCAUAAUGCUUUUUAUUCCUAGUUAUUGCCACUGACCAUAAUCCAGUACAAAUUUAUUAUCAGUAAGUUUCAUUCAUUUCAGUGGAACUUAAACCCCUUAAAUUGUGUGAUAUUCUUGGCUCCCUUCAGGAUGAAAUAUUUAAGGGCUCCAUUCUACAGCACAACUAGGUUUAUUUGUUUUUAACUGGUUUUUUUAAUAAAUUGAAAUGUUGCCUAUUAACUUUGUUUUAAGAAUUGCCAGUGGCGCAAAUGGUGGGAUAUAAAUUUGAAAAAGAAAGUAAAUCAUUAGGUUGUGUGGAUAUAAGCAAUAAAGUGGAAUUGCAGUUAGAUAUUGGAAGUUCCAGGUGCUAUCCUUGAAAGAAUAAUCUGUUAAUGUGCUCACUUUACUGGGAUGUUCUCCUAUGCAAGCCCAGAUGAAAUGAACUGGAUUGGCAGUUCAUUUGUCAACAGAACUUCUGCAACAGCUGCUGUAGCAUAGUAGCUGAGAAACUGACCUAUGUAAAUGAAGAAGUCUCCAGCUCAAAUCUAGUCUCACUAGCUGCCCCUAGGCUAGACAAGCCUUUCUUUUGCUGCCAGUGUCAGCCCUCUCCCCCACCCCAUGCCAUCUGUAGUAUGGACAUAAUACUCACCUACCUAGAAUGGUUGUUGUAAGGAUUAUACCAUAAAGUAUGUGAAGGCCCUUGAACACUCUACAGCACCGUAUAAGAUAUCUUUAUGAUGAUACUGCUGUUAAUUUCAAUGGAACUCUUGUAGGCGGGCUUCCUAGUGGGUUGUUUGGAUGUGUAGGCAAAUGAUGGACAAGCCAGGAACAAUAGUGUUCUUACAUUUACUUCAAGAGAGUAGUUAUUUUAGAUUAAUACAAUAAAAAUUAUACAU